CGCAGCGCAGGAAGAGGCGGGGCUUCAGGUUAGGACGCUCGCCCUCCGUUGUUCAUUCAACAUGGCAGCGGGACCAAUUUCAGAAAGAAACCAAGACGCCACCGUGUAUGUCGGUGGCUUGGAUGAGAAAGUAUCAGAGCCGUUACUAUGGGAGCUUUUCCUGCAGGCUGGUCCUGUGGUCAACACACACAUGCCGAAAGACAGGGUCACUGGCCAACAUCAGGGCUACGGCUUUGUGGAGUUCCUCAGCGAAGAGGAUGCUGACUAUGCCAUCAAAAUCAUGAAUAUGAUAAAGCUCUAUGGCAAACCAAUUAGAGUUAAUAAGGCCUCGGCACACAACAAAAACUUGGACGUGGGAGCGAACAUCUUCAUCGGUAACCUCGACCCGGAGAUCGACGAGAAACUGCUCUACGACACGUUCAGUGCCUUCGGCGUGAUCCUCCAGACGCCGAAGAUCAUGCGAGACCCAGACACCGGCAACUCCAAGGGUUACGCCUUCAUCAAUUUCGCCAGCUUCGACGCAUCCGACGCCGCCAUCGAGGCCAUGAACGGCCAGUACCUCUGCAACAGGCCCAUCACGGUGUCGUACGCCUUCAAAAAGGAUUCUAAAGGAGAGCGACACGGCUCGGCCGCGGAGCGACUCCUCGCCGCACAGAACCCUCUCUCCCAGGCAGACAGGCCUCACCAGCUGUUUGCAGAUGCACCCCCGCCGCCGAGCGCUCCGACACCGGUCCUGACCGCUAUGGGAGCUGGCAUGCCCAUGCCAGGCAUGCCACCUCCCGGUGCGUUCCCUCCAGUUCCUCCUCCGGGAUCGAUGCCUCCACAAAUGCCCCCGUCCAUGGCCAUGCCUCCAAACGCAGGGGGACCAGGCCAGGGUGGUGGAGGUGGACCUCCACACGGACCACCACCCUUCCCUCCCUCCAACAUGCAUCCAGGUAUGCCUCAGAUGUCAAUGCAUCCUCCUGCUCCUCCUGGCAUGGUGCCUCCACCUCCUGCUCCUCCAGGAUCAAAUCAGCCUCGGGCACCGCUGCCCCCCGGCAUGCCUCCUCCCCCACCUAUGGGCAUGCCACACAGGGCACCAUACCAUCCCAUGGGUCCACCUGUGCCUCCAGGUAUGAGGGGGCCUCCUCCCAUGCCCCCACCCGGCUACGGAGCCGGUCCUCCUCGUCCACCUCCGUUUGGCUUCCAGAGAGGACCUCUGAUGCCACCGAGGCCCCCUGGUGUCCCACCACGCGUUCCCAUGAGAGCACCAAUGCCACCGUAAUCCACCUCAGGCGGCAGAAACGGGUUGUCAUCUUGCUUUUGUUUUAUUCUUUAUUUUUUACAUCUUAAGACUUCCUCAAUUUGGUAAUUGUGAGAAUAAUUUAACACCUGUUUGUAUUUGUUUUGGUCACUGUACAGAUGAAAGACCUUUUUGAUGAAUAAAGUUUUUAGAACAA